CCAGCUGGUUCCAGUCACUGAAUGACAGUAGUUUCUCUCCAAAAGAAACGCUUCAUAGGCAAAACGUUUCAGCCACCCCCCGCUUCCCUAUGCGAUCUUACAAAAAAAAUUGCGACAGUUAAAUGUAGGGCCAUUCGUUUAAGGGGCGACGGAUGGCAAAAUAAAAGUCCCAGGAUCGCCGUUUCUGUUUGUGCUCUCCCGUAUCCCGUUAUGUCCGGUCCGAGGAAAGGGGCCAUGGCGCCCCCUGAUUCGCCACGUUUACCGGGCACCUUUACGCCAUGGGCCGCCUGGGUGGUCGCCACCUGCACCUGCCUGGGUCUGCUUCUCUUACAAUACGCCCACAUCCGGGAGCUUCGGCUGGAGCUGUGGGAGCUGCAGCACCGCGUAGGGGCUCUGUGUGGCGAGGAUGCGGGCGCGCCGCCGCACUGCGCUCUAGACCCGAGCAAAUGCCAGGGCCCAGUGCUUGGCCAGGAUGCCGGCCGGACUAAGAGAGACCUUACUUCUAAAACACCACACAAGCAGCGGCAGGUGGGACAAAGGCGGCGUGCUUUUCUGCACCUUCACCCUGUCUCGACCCAUUCCUAUGACGAAGAUGACAAGACGCUGGUGAAAUGGAUUGUGGGACAGAGUCAAGGUGAGGGACUGCAGGUAUCUGGGGAAACCGUUACCGUGACGAGAGGAGGGCUUUACUUCAUCUACAGUCAGGUCUUGUAUGAGGACCCCACGUUCGUUAUGGGCCACGUGAUCAAGAAGUACCUGGAAAACAAGGAGAGCAGCUUGAUGAAGUGCGUUAAGUGGAUGCCCCGGAACCACAGCGAAGCGCUCAAUACCUGCUACACUGCUGGUGGCCACAAUCUAGAGUCGGGCUCAGUCCUGGAGCUCUCAGUUCCCCGAAAGAAUGCAGGUAUUGGCCUUCUUCCCCACGCCACCUUCCUGGGCAUCUACAAGAUCUGAUCUGUGCGUGAAGCAUAAGUGGCCUGUGGGGGGCGCCACUUGGACCCCCCCCCCCACUUAGACCUAUGGGACAAAGCCAUAAGCUAAACCAAAAAAAAUAAAUAACCAAAGAGCCAGCAGAAAUUCUUUUUUUUUUUUGUCACAUGAAGACAAAGUUGUUUUCUGAUGUGAAAAAUGUUUGAUGCGUGCAGAUGACAGUGUUUUUUUUCUGGCUGCACACGUUCGGCACAAACCUCUUCUCUCUUUAAGAAACCGAGCAAGUUAGGCUCAAAUUCAACACACCUGCUGAAACUGCCAAAUGUACCACUGAUGCCUGGUGCGGUGGGAUUUUUGGGGGGAAAUGAGGGACCUUCAUAUGAGAGAAUUUAUUUGGUGAUGUUUUUCACACCCUUAGUGAAUGCAUAUUAAAAUCAUUAUUCAUGCUGA